AUGGGCCAACAACAGUCAAAGAGCAGCGAUGGAACCAGAACCCCACUAAAGAGCGGCUCCUCCUCGAAUCUUCCGGACACUCUACAGCAGUAUCCUUCCAUAUCCAAAUCCGACACUAGGGAGAGUUCCUCUAGGUCCAUUAGGUCGUCCAUUCGGAGCAAAAUAAAGAGCUCGGGAGAUGACAAGGCAAACGACAGCCCUCGGGCUUCAGGCUCAACCCUGGCGGGGUCAGAAGGCCCUAAUGUCGACAAGGCUGAUGCCAGUUCGAUUGCCAGUGGCCGCUCGGGCUCUUCUCGAGCGCCCAGAGAGAAGAUAACAAACAACUCUUUGGUAGAGUCUCCCAUAUCACCCAACGACGACGAUGAAGCUCCCUCGCCAGGUGCCGGCACACCUGCAAGACCGCCGUCACCAACUCAGUCCAAGUCCGUGGGUAAAGGUCACAAAUCGGUGGAUCGUGCUCAGAGGACCGGAGAGGUAGGCGCGGUGUCUGAGGAAGCUCCUCAUCAGGCUCACGUCCACUCAUCUACACAAAAGGCGGGUGAUUCCAUCUUGGUCAAGCGGGAGAACCAGAUCAACCCGCGAGCUCCGGAGACCAAGGCCUCAUUGCGGGCCAAGCUGGCAGAGUUGCCAGGUGCUUCUCCAGGAGGUGGUAUCGGCAUGAGUGAUGUGAAUGACAUGGAUUUGGACGACAUGAUCUCUCGUCUUCUGGACGCCGGGUACACUACCAAGGUGACGAAGGCUGUGUGCCUUAAGAACGCCGAAAUAACGGCAAUUUGCACCGCUGUACGAGAAGUGCUCCUAUCUCAACCGGCCCUGCUGGAGCUCACAGCACCGGUCAAAAUUGUGGGGGACAUUCACGGCCAGUACAACGACUUGAUCCGACUUUUCGAAAUGUGCGGGUUUCCCCCCAAUGCGAACUACCUUUUCCUGGGCGACUAUGUCGAUCGGGGAAAACAGUCUCUGGAGACAAUUCUCCUCUUGUUUUGCUACAAGUUGAAAUAUCCAGAAAACUUUUUCAUUCUUCGCGGCAAUCACGAGUGUGCUAACGUCACUCGCGUUUAUGGGUUCUACGACGAAUGCAAGCGGAGGUGCAACAUCAAGAUCUGGAAAACAUUCAUUGAUACAUUUAAUUGCCUGCCCAUUGCCGCGAUUGUGGCAGAUAAGAUCUUCUGUGUCCAUGGCGGCUUGUCCCCAUCUCUGUCUCAUAUGGACGACAUCCGACAGAUUGCGCGACCCACAGACGUUCCUGAUUAUGGGCUGCUGAAUGAUCUGUUGUGGAGUGAUCCAGCAGAUAUGGAUCAAGAUUGGGAGUCAAACGAACGAGGGGUUAGUUAUUGCUUUGGUAAAAAGGUGAUUGUCGACUUCCUGGCGCGCCACGAUUUCGAUCUGGUCUGCCGAGCCCAUAUGGUUGUCGAAGAUGGAUAUGAAUUCUUCAACGACCGCUUGCUUGUCACAGUCUUCUCUGCGCCCAACUACUGCGGAGAGUUCGACAACUGGGGGGCUGUGAUGUCGGUGUCCAGCAAUUUACUGUGCAGCUUUGAGCUGCUGAAGCCGUUGGAUUCAAGUGCUCUGAAGAGUCAUAUCAAAAAGGGCAGAAACGCUCGCCAGAAUAUGCUCAACAGUCCGCCAGCACAAGUAUCCGCCCAGAGCUUUUAG